AUGCGGGUCUUUCGUGUUGUUUCCCGACCCUCAUUAGCUGGUCGUAGAAGCUAUCAUCACCAUCUCUACCAUCGUAUUGGGCAGUCUAGACUAUCGUCUACUCCAAAAAUAUCUGUCCCGUUUAGCCCUUCCCUUCCAUCUCCCCUUUCUCUCCGUCCCUAUAGCAAAUCGUCCGAGAUACAGCCCCCAAUCAUGACGACUACGGCCACCACUCUGAAGGGCCAGCCCCUUGAUCGCGCCACAUUGGAUGCCAUGCUGAGGCGGCGCAUGUUCUAUACCCCCAGUUUUGAGAUUUACGGCGGUGUUUCUGGCCUUUACGACUACGGCCCUCCGGGCUGCGCACUGCAACAAGGUGUCGUCGAUGCUUGGCGCAAACACUUUAUCCUCGAGGAGGACAUGCUAGAGGUCGACUGCAGUGUUCUAACCCCUCAUGAGGUGUUGAAGACAAGUGGUCACGUCGACAAAUUCGCUGAUUCCAUGUGCAAAGACCCUCAGAAUGGCGAGAUCUUCCGUGCCGACCACUUUAUCGAGGAAAUUCUCGAGAACCGACUUAAGGGCGACAAGGAGGCGCGCGGCCAGAGGAUUGCCGCCAAGGAAGCGGACCCCAAGAAGAAGAAGAAGGUUAAAGGAGCUGUUGUGCCUAUCAAGCUGGACGAUGCGGUUGUCAAGGAGUAUGAGGAGGUCCUAGCCAAAAUAGACAACUACAACACACAAGAGCUUGGCGAGUUGAUUCAGAAGUUCAACCUCAAGAACCCGGCCACCGGAGUCCAACCAUUGCCGCCAGUCGACUUCAACCUCAUGUUCAAAACGAAAAUUGGUCCGAGCAGUAACCUUCCUGGCUACUUGCGCCCCGAGACAGCCCAAGGCCAGUUCUUGAAUUUCUCCAAGCUGCUCGAUUUCAAUCAGCAACAGAUGCCUUUCGCUUCUGCUUCCAUUGGCAGAUCUUACCGAAACGAAAUUUCGCCUAGGUCUGGCUUGCUGCGUGUACGAGAAUUCCUUAUGGCAGAGAUUGAGCACUUUGUAGACCCCCAUGGUGGUAAGAAGCACCCACGGUUCGACCAAGUCAAAGACGUCGAGUUAGUACUCCUGAAUAAGGAGACACAGCUUUCUGGAAAGACGGAUGUUCAAAAGGUCACCAUUGGUCAAGCUGUAGCAAACGGUACCGUCGAUAACGAGACCCUUGGUUACUUCCUGGCUCGCAUCCACCUCUUCCUCAAGAAUAUUGGUGUUGACCAAUCCAAGAUUCGUUUUAGACAGCAUAUGGCGAACGAGAUGGCCCAUUAUGCUGCAGAUUGCUGGGAUGCUGAAUUAUUGACUUCCUUUGGCUGGAUUGAAUGCGUUGGCUGUGCUGACCGCAGCGCGUAUGACUUGAGCGUACAUGCAAAGAAGACAGGCGCCUCACUCAUUGUUCGUGAGCGACGCCCAGAACCCAUCAAGGUAACAGAGUGGGAAGUAGAAUUAGAAAGGAAAAAGUUCGGCCCUCAUUUCAAGAAGGAUGGCAGAGCUGUAGAAUCUGCUUUAUUUGCAACAAGCCAAUCAAAGAGGGAAGAGCUUGCAAAAGCCCUAGAUACUGAUGGCUCCUUAACCAUUGAGGUUGAUGGUGUUGCCGACGGCAAGGUAUCUGUGCCUAAGGAGCUCAUCAAGAUUGAGCAGCGGACAAGAACAGAGAAUACUCGGGAAUUCGUGCCCAAUGUUAUUGAGCCUUCCUUCGGUAUCGGAAGAAUACUCUAUGCACUCAUGGAGCACUGCUACUGGACACGUGCUAGCGAAGGUGGUGACGAGGCUCGUGGUGUUUUGUCAUUCCCUCCUACUGUAGCGCCCACAAAGGUCCUCAUUGUACCCCUCUCCAGCAACGAUGUCUUCCGACCAUUCUGCUAUGAGCUAUCCCAGAAGCUCCGUAAAAUUGGAAUUUCUAACCGCAUCGACGAUACUUCGGCAAGUAUCGGCAAGCGCUACAGCCGUAACGAUGAACUUGGCACACCCCUAGGUAUCACGAUCGAUUUCCAGACCGUUCAAGACAAGACAGUCACUUUAAGAGACCGAGAUUCAACGAGCCAAGUUCGUGCUGAUACGGAGACAAUCAUUGCUGCCAUCCGUUCUAUGGUCGAUGGUGACAAGUCAUGGCGAGAUGUUGAAUCUGAACUACCAGCUUUCGUUGGACAAGAGACUGAGGUUACUGUUCGAUAA